UCAAAGUUACUAAUGGUAACUAAAUUUCUAAGUUUGUGGUUAGGUUUGUCACAUGCGAAACGGCAAAAUUUUCAAUACUUUAGAAUAAAAUUAAUUGAAAAGUUGCAAUGGCACAUGUAUUUCAAACCUACAAAGUGUUAUCUGCAUUUGCUGCGAAAACUACAUUAAAGUGUUUGAUAUGGCCAUCUAAACCAUUAUUACAAGUGCGGACAUUAUAUUCCCCAGUCACACUAGGCAUUGAUGCUUAUAUCCAGCAGAGAGCUAGAACUGAUGCACAAUUGGGAAACAUCUCUGAGAAGUUCCGGAUCAAAAUGGAAGAAUAUGCAUCUGAAAACUCCAAGAACAUGAUCUUUACUGAAGAUUUGAAGAACAUGAUACACCUGGCCACUGAAGAUGAUAUAACAUUAAUCAUACAAAUGAUGAACAAAUUCAAUGAGCAAAACAAACAACUCAGGUUUGGCAAUUUUGUGUUUGGGCCAGUGGUCAUGAGAAUGUUGCACCAUUUGCAGAAACCUGCUAUUGCUCUAGAAUGUUUUAAUUCACCAAAACUAGAAGGAUUUUUUGAGCAACUCAUCACCUAUCAGUUGCUCUUAGAUUUGUUAUAUGAGCAUAAAAUGUACAAAGAGAUGUUGACUACAUAUGAGAAGAUACAAUCCAGGCAGAUUGAGGGCACCAAAUACCCAAGAAACAUUAUAGUUUUGCUUAUGGCAGCAUGCUACAAACUAAACACAGCAGACAGUUGUAAAUAUGCUUUGAGUGUGUGGAAUUGUCUUAAAGAUGCAGGUCAUUUUCCAAUGCGACGCGCGACGACAUUUUGUGCUGCGCUGGCUGUGAAUCACAACCAGCCAGAGGCUUGCAUAGAAAUUCUAGCUAACACAAAGAAUCAGAAUUAUACCACAGUGAGGAAUCUCAAAGCAAUUGCGUUGACACGUAUUGGUCGUCUGGAUGAAACUGUGAAUUUACUCAAGAGUGUACUUGAAGGGGAAGGCAAUGUUAAACAGACAUUCAACAGAGAGGUGAUUGAAGAAGUGCAUGCUGCUGUGGAGAAGAGCGGCAACGCCAGCUUACUGCAAGAAUUAAACAGAAUUGAGAAAUAUUUUACUGAACAGGGGCAUAUACAUGAAGGUAGUUUAGAUAAGCAGCUGUGUGAGGAGAUCAAACCACCUCCGUUUUUAACGGAGAAUAAUCGACAGUUCACAAAUCGACAUAACAGUUACAAUCAAAGAAGUAAUCAAGGCAAUUAUCGCUACAAUAGGUAUGAAAGAGAUGAUGGUCAGCAGAUGAGGAAGCAGCAGCGACCGGGUCUAUCCGAAAUGAGUUAAUAAUUAUUUGUUCAUAUUAAUAUUUAAGACUAAAACGAGUCAGUCCUUUUUAA